AUGGAGAGCCAAAAGUACCACCUACUUGAAGGGAAUACAGCGGAGGAACACGACCCUCGUCACGCCCCUCGUUUCCGGUCAAUGCCUAACAGAGAAAGAGAGGCAACGCGCAGAGAGAUCCUUUAUAUCGCCGCCAUUGGCGUAGGCGCGUUCGUUUCCGGUGUCAUCUUCACAUUGGCCUUGUCAAUUCUCCAGCCCCGACUCGGCGGACGUGGAAAGUAUGAGACAGGAUUCCGAGAAGAAAGCCUGUUACCUGCAGAACGUAUACAGCUUGAAGAAGUCCGCUUCAAAUCACCGGUUGACUUCGAGACCAACGGCCAUGAGUUCCUAGUCGCCAAUCCAGACGAUAAGGCCUACGUCGGCGACACGACACCAGAGAUUGACCGGGCGUGGGAAGAGAUGCUGUGGGGGAGGUAUUUCUCAAUAUCAGAAGCUGAGGCCAAAUCUCUGUGGGGAAGUAAUUACAGGGAAUAUUGGGACCAUACUAGGUCUGGCUACACGGGCGGGUUCGACAUGUUCCACCAGUUGCACUGCCUCAACCAGAUCAGACAGGCCUUGCAUCGCGAUGUCUACCCAGCCCUCCCAAUCCACGGCCCCGUACACACCGAACACUGUAUCGACCACCUUCGCCAGUCGAUCAUGUGCUGGGGUAGCACGUCCGUCGUCCCACUCAAGUACUUUGAAGGUUAUAAGAGCGAGUACGUGAAGACAGACGCGCUGCACACUUGUCGAAAAUUCGAGCCUAUCCGCGAAUUCGUCUCGGAGAGGUUCAACGGCAGUCUGUUCGUCCCGAGGCCGGAUGGAUACGUUGACACAGGAGACAAUGCGUUUUGA